ACAGACGCGCUGCGAUGUUUUGUCAGGAGGCACUUCCGCUUAUGGGUCAACCUCCUGGAUCGUACUCCCUUCUUCACUUCGUUGCAUAGUCUCUCAAGGAACCCAGUUUGUUGCUUUCCUUUGCAAUCAUUUCUCCGUUGCUGAUCUGUUCCAUACCACCGUCAAUAGCAAGUGCCAACCAGUUCGCGGCUUUGUCGUCGGAGUCACUCCUUCAAUCAUCAUCAGUCAUUCCGAACAAACUUCCAGCGGGCCCGCUGUGGAAGACACAUAUAUUGUGAAGAAAUCGAGCUGCUAUUUCUCCCAUAAAUUUUUGGGCCAGCACUCAUCGUUCUUUGGUAAUUCCCGCACGCCCUAACUUCCAAAGCGAAUCGAUCGACCGUAUUACUUGCAAAGCGGUCCCCCUCUCUCCCGGAACAUUCUCUGCUAGACACUCUCACUCUCCAAACGAUGGCCCCACAUCAGCAGUAUCAUGUCUAUGCACUUCCUCCUGAACUACUGGACACACUAGUACCAAGAGACGUUGUGAACCAGCCACCGCCAUCACCCCCACGAUCUGAAUUGCCCCUUCCUGCAGCUGAACCAGCCGCAACUUCUGCACGAGCAUGUAACAUCUGUUUAGGUGCGAGUUUUGCAGACGUGGACCAACAGCGCGCACAUUUCCGCUCCGAUUGGCAUCGUUACAAUGUCAAGAUACGUCUCAAUGGAAGUGAUCCCGUCACCGAGAACCAGUUUGCCAAGCUUGUGGAUGAACUCGACGACUCCAUUUCUGGCUCAGCUUCCUCAACGGAUGACGAAUCUGCCGACGAUUCUGAUGCAGUUCGCGCUCUAGUGGAUAAAACGCACUGUCUCAGGGCACGUUCACCAUCUCCUUCCUCAGCGCCAAGAGGUCCACAAACCCCCAUCGUAUGGUUCCAUUCUCCGCCUUCAACACAAUUGGGUGUCUAUAAGGCUGUCCUUUCGCCAUCGCUACCGUCAUCGUCAGCAUAUUUGGAUGAGCUCAAGGAUAUUCAGGUACCCAGAGAAGGUGGACGCACAUGGGCACUGUUCAUGACUGCAGGUGGUCACUUUGCUGGUGCCAUCGUUAGGGUCAGCAAACCGGCAGCCGGAGAUGAGAGUGAGGUUACAAAAAAAGGCAAGCAGAAGAAACCUGUACCUGAUAUCGAAGUCUUGAAGCACAAGACGUUUCAUCGCUACACAACUCGUAAGAAACAGGGUGGCUCCCAGUCAUUAAACGAUAAUGCAAAGAGCAAAGCGGUCAGUGCUGGUGCCAUGCUUCGAAGGUAUGGAGAACAGGCACUGCGUGACGAUAUUCGUAACCUUUUGCAAGAGUGGGCUGAGGAUAUUCAAGAUUGUGAGCGGAUAUGGAUUCGAGCGAGUGUCUCCAAUAGGCGAAUAUUCUUGGACUACGACGGUGCACUUAUCGCGAAAGGCGAUGACCGUCUUCGUACAUUCCCUUUCCCCACCCGACGUCCAACUCAAUCCGAGCUCUCUCGUUGCCUGCUGGAACUUACCAGAGUCAAAAUCUCACAUCUUACUGAGGAGGCGCUCCGAGAACAAGACGAAGCCUAUCUCGCCUCCCUUCCGAAACCAAAGCCUGCGGCACCACUACCCCCAGAAGCUUCAACCAAACCCAAAGAAACCGUACCGAGGUUGUCUCCAGAGGAACAACAACUUCGGGAUAAGUGGUCUCGUUUGCUAGAAAUCAUACACAAGGGACGGUUGGACCCGCUGAAGGGUUUCUGGGCGAAGGAGGGCGAAAACCUAGGUGGUGUGGAUACCCCAGUUCCAGCAUGGACAGGAGAGAAAGGUGCAACGUUGCUACAGAUCGCAGCGCAUGCUGGUCAAGAAGAGGUUACACGAUGGCUACUUGAAGAUCUGCAUGCGAACCCCGCUAUCGACGUUCCCACAGACACCGUUGUGGAUGCAAGGGAGUUUGACGAAGAGGAUCCGAUGGUUCCUUCUAGCUCUGGGUCCAGAAGAACAGCGUAUGACCUUGCACGUACCCGAGAGGUACGAAAUGUCUUCAGACGAUGUGCUGCUGCCCAUCCGGAUUGGUGGGACUGGUUGGGGACAGAGAAAGGCGGUGCGAGAGUUCCCAGUGUACUGACCAAGGAGAUGGAGGAAGGCCGAGAGGAGAAAAAGAAGGUGAGGAGGAAAGGGUUGAAAGAUCGUAUCAAGGAGAGGCAGGAGAAGGAGACGAGCAGGGCGCCUAGUCCUACACCUGAGCCAGAACCGCCGCAACCACAGAGGAUACAAAAGGAAGAGCCUAGUACUGGCCCUAGGAGGCUUGGAGGUAAUUCUGGAGCAAGUGAAGGAGUGCUUGGUCUGACCCCAGAGAUGCGAGCCAAGAUUGAAAGGGAGCGGAGAGCGAGAGCUGCUGAAGCUCGUUUGCGAACUCUGGGCGGCCGACGAUGAUCGUUUGAACAUUGCGUUAUUGAUACCCUUGUUGAUUGACGUCUAAUCUACAACACGAAGCACGCUGUAUUGAAGUAUGACCUAUGUAGCCAAUAGCUAGAGUGUAUGUUAUUUGUGAGAAAGAUAGAUGCCUAGGAUACAACAUACUUUAGUUUAUAACCGCCG